AUUCGCUUGAGAUGUGACGGCAACGGCAUGUCGUGUCUAGCCAUGCUGUCACUGCCAAGCCUGGCCCGGACCCAACUGAAGACCAGGGAAAGCGUGCGGUACCUGCGCAGUGUCUACCGGCCGCACAAUGUGCGACGGGCGAGCACAACAGUGCCCAAGGUUGCCGUGGAAGAAACGAAGGCCGGCGAAGAGCUCGCUCCCAUUGCCUGCGCGGAGCCUCCGGUGCUGUUCGUGGCCAGAGCAGGUCGCUUGAUGAGCGUCCCGGACGCGGCCAUUAGCUAUGGCACCGACAUCGUAAUCUCCCCAGAGCCCAUCCGACAAGCAUCCGUCGAGCCCAGCGAGGAAUGGCACCGGCGCCACCUAGACCCUGCACGGUUACCCCACUACUACAUGGCACUGAGCAAGAUUCGACUCACAGGUCUGGUGGUGACGACCACACUGGCAGGUUAUGCCCUGGCUCCCGGAGCCCUUGACCCCUGGGUUGUGCUGUUCACGGUGGCCGGAACCACGCUGACGUCAUGUGCCGCAAAUGCCAUUAACCAGUUCCUCGAGGUGCCGUACGACUCCCAGAUGAACAGGACGAAGAACCGGGUCCUCGUGCGUGGGUUCCUCAGCCCUCUGCACGCCGUGUCCUUUGCGGCGGGAACAGCAGGCCUUGGCCUGUGGCUGCUGUCAGCGGGUGCCAACAGCCUGACAGCACUGCUGGGUGGUGCCAACCUGCUGUUGUACACGUGCGCCUACACCCCGCUCAAGCGCUGCUCCAUCGUCAACACCUGGCUGGGAUCCGUGGUGGGCGCCAUCCCACCGCUCAUGGGGUGGGCUGCCUGCACGGGCACCCUGGAUCCUGGUGCCUGUGUGCUGGGAGCGAUGCUUUACUCGUGGCAGUUCCCGCACUUCAAUGCCCUCUCGUGGAACCUGCGGCCCGACUACUCGCGAGCCGGCUACCGCAUGAUGUCGGUGACCCACCCGGACCUGUGCCGGCGCACUGCGCUCCGACACAGCGUGUUCCUCGCAGCAUUGUGCUGCGCCGCGGCGCCUCUGAGUGAACUGACCACAUGGACCUUUGCUGCCACCUCGAUGCCGUUGAACGCUUACAUGCUGUACCGUGCUUGGAACUUCUACCGCGAACCCGACAGUGCGACAUCGCGUGCCUUGUUUCGACUGAGCCUGCUGUACUUGCCCGUUUUGAUUGUGCUCAUGAUGGUCAGCAAACGGCGAGACGGUGCGAAGCAGACUUCUAGUGGUGCUGCGAACCAGUUGCCGCCAGCGCUUCAAACGGGGAACUCCUGAGGAUGUUUACGUUAGGCCUAGGCGACAAUCUCUUUAGUUGCAGAAUGGGAUGCAUCUGCAAGUGCACGACUGUGGGAAAGUUAUUGAAAGUCAAAGUGGUCUCACUCGAGCACUUCUCAGCAGGUUACCAGAGCCCUGUUAGACCAGAACGAAGCACACCAGUUAAGCCUAAAAGAAGAAGCUAGCGGGUCUAAAGAAAACACGGGAGUGUCAUGGUCGCAGCUACACUGGCACAAAGACCCGCCUGCCUAUUUUCUAUCAUCCAGCAGAAGGGUUUUAGAGGCUUUGCUUUUCAAGAGAGAAGAUCAGAGCUUCACACUGUCCGUGACCACGGUCGGAAAACUUGCGACGAUGAAGCUUGCUCAAAAUGCCUGGCAGGUCUACAAGUGUAGAUUUCACAACGCUCUCAGAGUACCAUGCACUACACCCAAACCGAAGAUGCCUCUCCACGACGCAGCAUCAGCACUCGUCGGUGUCGUUCAGGUAGAACAGGCCACAAGCCACGAGUACAUUCAGCAAUGGCCGGGCGUCUUACGCGCACACUUCUCAUCUCGACACCAGACGCAGGAGGCGUCUGCAAGCCGUUCAGAGCGUUUCAAGCACGUGCCCUGUGAUAACGCGCAUCAAGACGUUUGUGACGCCUUGUGGUGCACAGCCGUACAUGAGUCCACAAGGCGUUUCGUUUGUCAUGCCUGCCAAUGCGUAAUUUAAGAAGCCUCGUCAUUCACGCAGAUGUAUUUUGUGGCACUGAAACCGCAACGCUUGCUAGUCCGGAGCGAGUACUUAACAGUUUGCUUUAGGGUCUGGUACCAGCUUGCAUAGAUGGUCGGUGUGCAAGCCUGUACGUACUGUACAUAGUAGGUACGUAGAUCUGUACAGAGAUUAACUGUAAGUUGUUGCUUUUCGACGUAUUGAGUUUCUUGCCACAUGCGUACGCACAAUGUGUUCGAGGUUCGUCCGGGGCAGAAACAUCAUGAAUUGCCGAAAUGUUAGACCAGGCAUGUGCCAUCGAUUGGAAACGUUUCGUUUGUUUUUUUGCUGGUGGUUAAGACUCUCUUUUGCUCCAUUUAAUUGUUUGUUAAGCUUGUUGAAAAAGAUAUAAUUUUCUCAUUACGUCUUUUAUUACAGUGGCAACAAAAGUUGUAAUGGCAUCUGAUGUGUGCUUUAAACGUUGUUAUGCUUGACGUCUUAUGUUUUUCGUCUUUGUUACAAUUGGGUAUUUAAGUGACCAUACUUGUACUGCUUAAAGAGUUCCAGAGCAGCGAUUAUCAUUCUCUGAAUCAAAUAAGCAAAACAAAAUAUUAAACAAGUCUACUGUGAGUCUCGCUCUAUAUGCAUUUUUUAAAUUGUUAACUUGCUUUGCUGUGCAGAAAAUACCAAAUGCCAGCUUUCAAAAAUGCAUUUGGCCACAUGUCUGCACUGUCGUUUACUAUACAAAUGCGUAUGCAGUGUUUAAAAAACGCACGUGUAGUUUUCGUAGAUACACGAUUGCACUGCAGGCCUUCAUGUACAACUCACUAUUGCUUGUAGAUCUAUCAGAUAGACUAAGACUUCUAGAUUAGCAAAUGAAUUCAGGAUUUCCCUCCACUGUGGUAAAGCUGUGUUAGGCAAUCCAACCUAAUCAUGAGCAUCGACUACGAAACGGUUCUCUAUGUGCCUUUUCUUUGAUGCUUCAAAUUGUUCAUGAAAUUGUUUUUGGUGUUUCUAAUGAUUCUUGAAGAGCCCGGUGAGUAAUUUUAUCAGGUGCCAACUUUCUGACAUCGCAGGCACCUUUCAUGUACGUUUGUGUUGUAUUAGAUUUGUUGACGGGAGUUGACUGAGACAUUUUUUUUUUUGUGCCAUAUAAAGAUGGGCUUGUUGAUCAGGA